GUCUGGGGGUUUUAUGUAGCUCUCUUCCCCUCGUUGCUUCAAUACUUGUUUGGCCCUCGUUGGCAUUCUCACGGUUGUUUCUUGUUCUUGCUGCACCUUGUUGUUUAUCUACCUUUGUCCAUGGAUUCGUUUCGGUAGAGCUGUAUACCAUGUCCCGUUCUACGGAUCGCAGCGCGACGGGCGAUUGCCCGUCUCUCCCUUGGAGGUCGCUUUCGGCUACGACGAUUUUCGGAGUCGCUGCAUUAUGCCGUUCGUUCUUGUAUAUGUGCAGUCGUCCGGAAAUCAAUGGCUUGGAUUCGUUUCUGGAAUUACUCGAAUCUCGACAGGAUACGUCGCGAAGGACGAGGGGUUUGCUGACAGUCUCGAACCAUAUAAGCGUUAUGGAUGAUCCGAUCAUGUGGGGAGCGAUUCCAUUACGGUGGAAUUUUGGACUUUCCUCCUCCAACAAGAGAUGGGGAUUCGGCAGCCAUGAUAUCUGUUAUCAGAGCCGACCUCUGGCUCUCUUCUUCACGAUGGGCCAAGUCCUACCCACACAUCGACUAGCCCAUUCGCCCCAUGGCGGUUUGGCACAGCCAGCCGUGACCCAGGCUAUCCGGCUAUUGUCGAAGGGGCCGUUCCCUCCAGAUCCACACCUCCCUCCUCCUGAAAGACAACACUGGAGCUUAGAGAACAUCUGCGUCGACCCAUUCUCGGAUCUCCCUACGGCUUACACCACUACUGGAAUAGAUUCACAUCUGGCACCGUCUGCCUACGCCUGCAACUCAUACUCGUGGGUCCAUAUCUUUCCUGAGGGCAAAAUACACCAGGCUCCGAACAAAACGAUGCGUUAUUUCAAGUGGGGUGUCGCUCGACUGAUAUUGGAAGCAAACGAGUGUCCUGACGUUGUCCCGAUCUGGCUGGAGGGAUUUGACCAGGUCAUGCACGAAAGCCGCGGCUUUCCUCGGUUUCUUCCUCGAGUAGGGAACGACAUUAGCAUCACAUUUGGGAAGAAGGUAGAUUCCGAGGCUGUCUUUGGCGACAUGAGAAGAAGAUGGCGUGAGAUCAAGGCAAAGGCUGAGCUGGCGUCACCGGAGUCUCGUGACCUUCCCCUAGGGGUGCUUAGCGACGAACUGCUGCACGACGAAGAGGCGGUCGAGCUGCGAAAGGAGGUGACCAAGAAGGUCCGGGAUCUUGUCUUGGAGGUGAGGCGGACCAGAGGCCUCUCCGACGAAGACCCCAAACACGGUCUCGCGGAGACAUGGAUUGAAGAAGGUCCGCAACGGGAAGGCAAAAUGAAAGAUGAGUCAUGGGUAAGGGACAUAUGAGUCAGGCUCCCUACUCUUUGUUCCUCAAGUACAUAUGUAAGAUUACGAAUGGUCCGUGUACAAUAAAAUUGAGGAUAUAAAACAUCGUUUAGUUGUUCCG